AUGGACAGUCACGCGCAGGAUGCACCGCUUCUCAUCAUCGCGGGCGAAACCUCGGGCGAUCAGCACGGCGCGGCAAUGGCCCGCGUCUUGCGAGAGGACUUCCCGGACCUGUCGAUCUUCGGCGUGGGCGGCGAGCACAUGCGCGCGGCCGGCGUAGAAACGCUGUUCGACGUCGAGGCGCUGAACGUGGUGGGUCUCGUCGAAGUGCUCGCCAAGGUUCCCUCGGGCCUGUUGAUGGCGCGUCGCCUUUUGCAAGCCGCUCGUGAGCGCGGUGUCCGUGUGGUGGUGCUGAUCGACGCGCCGGGCUUUAAUUUGCCCUUUGCCCGCUGGGCCAAACAGGCGGGUUUGCAGGUCGUCUACUACGUUAGCCCGCAGAUUUGGGCUUGGCGUCAGAACCGCAUUCACAAGGUGGCGCGCCGCGUGGACAAGAUGCUGACGCUGUUCCCGUUUGAGGUGCCGUUCUACGCCGCUGCCGGGGUCGAUGCCGAAUAUGUCGGGCACCCGCUCCUCGAUUGCCUGCCCGGCCUGCCGGACCGCAGCCAAGCCGCCCAGACGCUGGGAUUGGACACACAACGGCCCAUCGUCGCCCUGCUCCCCGGCAGCCGCCGUCGGGAAGUGGAGCUUUUGCUGCAACCCAUGCUCGCGGCGUUAAGCCUGAUCCGACACGAUCUGCCCGAGGUGCAGGGCGUUCUGCCAGUGGCGCCGACCGUGGCGGAGACGGUGCAGCAGAUCGUAUCCGGGUUUCCCGGCGCGCUUACGGUGGUCAGCCAACAGAGCCUGACGGCGUUCUCCGCGGCCGAUUUCGCACUCGUUGCUUCCGGCACGGCGACCCUGGAAGCGGGACUCAUUGGCGCUCCCAUGGUGAUCGUCUACCGUGUCAACCGCCUCACCGCAUGGCUGGCCAGGCGGCUUCUGCGGGUCCCUUGCGUCGGGCUCAUCAACAUUGUCGCCGGGCACCGAGUCGUUCCCGAAUUGCUACAGGAAGCGGUAUCUCCGCGCGCCAUGGCCGCCGCGGCCUUGAGCGUCCUGCGGGAUCCUGUCGAAGCCCGGCGCAUCAGAGGAGAACUGACGGCGCUGCGUGCAACGAUGGGCGAAGGCGGCAGCAGCCGCCGAGCGGCCGCAAGCGUCGGCGCGGUCCUGCGCCAGGCGCGUGACCGGCACACGGACGUUCGGGUGCCCGAAUGA